CAGGAGGCAGUGCAGGCAAAGACAGCAGGAAAAAAGCAGCAGAGCGAGUGGGCAAGAGGAAGGGGGGUAAAAAAAACUGCAGUGUGUGAGCGUGUGUAGUUUUUAUCUCUCCCCUGAGCAGAUCUUUAUCAAUUUGUGUACUCCAGUCUUGGGGUGCAUGUGACUGGGUGUCUGUGUGUGUAUAUGUGGCAGAGUUUACAGGAGGACAGAGUAAAGUGUCUCUGAACCUGUGGAGAAGGGGAAGAGCUCGGUGUCCAGAAGAGAGCAACCUGCACUAAAGGGUUUCUGACUGACAACAUUCUCACUGUGAUUGCCUCCAGCCACUUUUCGAGAUUCAAGAUUUGGCUGGACUGUGUGUGCAGCCUAAAUGACGAAGUGGAACUUGUUCAGGCAUCAGACAACACCCAUGGUCGCUGCUAAGCCAACGGGGGCCAGUGCCUUGACUGUGACUCCAGCCCCUGUCGCACUAGUCUCUGCUGAAAACUCCACCGAGCCAGUCAACAAGAAUGAUGCCUUCGACGAGAUCAAAAACAAGUUCCUGAAUGAAAUCGACAAGAUCCCACUGCCGUCCUGGGCCAUCAUUGCCAUUGCCGUGGUCGCUGCUUUACUCAUUCUAACAUGCUGCUUCUGCAUCAUCAAGAAAUGCUGUUGCAAGAAGAAGAAGAACAAGAAGGGCAAGAAGGGGAAGGGUGACAUGGGAAUGAAGAACCUGAAAGGGGGAGAGAAACAACAGGAUGAUGAUGAUGAAGAAGAUGAUGUUGAACCUGGACUCACUGGAGAUGAGAAAGAGGAAGAAGUGAAGGAGAAAGAAAAGCUCGGGAAGCUGCAGUACUCUAUUGAUUAUGACUUCCAGGAGAACAAGCUCACUGUGGGAAUCCUGCAAGCAGCUGAUCUCCUCUCCAUGGACAGCGGUGGCACCUCUGAUCCCUACGUCAAGGUCUUUGUGCUCCCUGACAAAAAGAAGAAGUUUGACACAAAGGUUCACAAGAAAACGCUCAAUCCUGUGUUCAACGAGACCUUUAUCUUCAAGAUUCCAUUCCAAGAGAUGGGAGGGAAGACUCUGGUAAUGUCAGUCUAUGACUUUGAUCGCUUCUCUAAACAUGAUGUCAUUGGAGAGAUUAAAAUACCCAUGAACACCCUUGACCUGGCAAAGCCAAUUGAGGAGUGGAGAGACCUGGACAGCGCAGAUCAAGAAGAGCCGGAAAAGCUGGGUGACAUUUGCAUCUCUCUGCGUUACGUCCCUACUGCUGGCAAACUUACCAUCUGUAUCCUGGAGGCCAAGAACCUGAAGAAAAUGGACGUGGGUGGACUGUCAGAUCCCUACGUAAAAAUUAACCUGCUGCAGAAUGGAAAGAGGCUGAAGAAGAAGAAGACUACGGUGAAGAAGAAUACUUUGAAUCCGUACUACAACGAGUCCUUCAGCUUUGAGAUUCCUCUUGAGCAAAUGCAGAAAAUCCUAGCUGUGAUCACAGUGCUGGAUUAUGACAAGAUUGGCAAGAACGAUGCCAUUGGAAAGAUACUGGUUGGGAGCAAGACCACAGGGGCCGGGCUGAAACACUGGUCCGACAUGCUGGCCAACCCCCGUCGCCCCAUCGCCCAGUGGCAUCCACUGCAGCCAGAGGAGGAGGUGGAUGCUGCUCUCGCAGCCCUAAAUGCCAAGAAGUAAACUCCCACCAGAACACAUCGUCCCCACCUCCACCUACCUACCCAUGCAUUUCCCACCAUUCUCCCCAGGUCCCACAUAUCUGUGUAUAUUCCAGAGGAACACCCUAACUGUACAUCUGCUCCCUCCACCCCCACCUCCUCUCCCUCCGCCACCUUUCAAAAGAUCCAUAGAUACCAUUCAACAUGAUGGGAAAUAUAGUUUAAAAAAAAGCAUCAUGUUAUAUGAAUUCAUGUCAUUGAAAAAAGAAGAUAACUUACAGGAUGGACAGAUACUCCGUUGAUUUCAUUUAGAUCUAUUUUUGUAUUGGGGUUGUGGUUCCAUUAAUAAGAAUACAGAGUAGACUAUGAAGAACAGUAAGAGUGCUAAAUGGGAAUAUGGUGAUAGAGGGGAUAAAACAUACAUUCACUCAUAUUGUACUUCUCACCCCUCCCCUUUAGUGACACAGUUUGCUUAGAAUAGUGCUUAAUAAUAAAAUGCUUUAUACUGCCAUAUGAUAGAGAAAUAACACAAGCAGGUCCAUUCCUUAGGUGUAUUGUGCACCAUGUUCCACACCUGCCAGUUAUCAUACUAGAUGAUUCUCUUAGUUUGAAGUACAUUCCUAGAGUUGGGUAGCAAGUAGGGAUAGGCACAUAUCCAGAUACCCACAGACACACUGCCUUUUUGAUUAGUUAACCUUCCACCCAUCGUCUCAGGAAAACUGAGAGGAAACUGAAACUUCAUGCCUUUUUUUCUAAACGGGUUGUUAUUAUUCAAAUACUCCACUUGAUGAGAAAGAAAUGUUGGAUUUUAAAGCUUGUUUUUUUUCCCAGCGACGUAAGGCUCACGGCUAGUGUUAGUUUCUCCAUGAAAUGGUGUGUCAGGAAACAGGGAGUGAUGUAUUUUCAGUAAAAAAAAAGGGUAUUUGUGUGUUUUUUGACUGUGCAAAAAGGCUGCGUCUGUCAUCUGUACAACAAUAAAAUGUGUGGAAAUAUCCGAUACAGGUACAACAGAGACUGAUUCCAACUACCAAUGACAUGAUAUUUACAAGGUGUCGAUUACUGCCUGCAGUCUACCACCUCCCCUCCCAACGCCUCUGAUUCUGUAUCUCACUUGUUCAGUGCUACUGCCAUUAGUCAUGGACUUGACACAAGGGUUUUACUUCAAAGGAAUCCCUAUAACCGUCUUACAGUCAUAAAGGAGACAAGCCUUCAAAGUAACAAAAUAAGCAAUUUUCAACUACCAGGGACGCCUUCCAGUUAGCGGUGUUGUUCUCUUCAUUUCUUUCUGUCUUAUUAUUUUUCUAUCUCUUUUUCCUUUUAUGUAGACAGUUAUAUUUUUAUUUGAUUCAAACACUUUCAUUCCUCAAGCACUUUAAAUCCAAAUGUUACUUUUAAGUACCCUCAGAAACCAGAGCUUUAAUUAUUUAUGUUAGGAAUAACUGCUGGUUAAAAAAAAAACAAAAAUGAGCAAAGGAGUGCAUUGUGUAAGCAGUUUUUUUUUGUUUGUCUGUUGUUUUGUGUUUUUUAAUUUCGUCUCAGCUUUUUGUGUAUGUGUUUUGAUUGUUUGAAUAUUACGUUUCUCACUUGAUUACAAGGAUAUGGUCUGGAAGAAGGCACUGAUCCAUGUGUAUUUUAUACACAGCUUACCAAACUGUUGAAUUUAAUUGCACUACUGGGUAUCCAUUCUGUGGUAAUUUGACACUGUUCUUGAUCUGUGUAGUUUUUGUUUUUUUUAUUGAUAAAAUGUUGUGAGAUUGAAAUUUUCUGUGGCAUUUGUGGCAUGCCAGACAUGUCUCCUCAUAUAAAUGAACUCUGAUAAGAAAAGAGACACAUUUCAAUCUAAUGCUGAUCCCUAGCACCUUCACAGGAUGUAAUUGGUUCAGUGUAUUUGUAAAUUAAUAUUCUGUUGAAGGGAAAUUUUGAGGAGGAACUUUGUUUUGUGACAAAAUCCAAACUUUUCUGACCAAAACUUAUCAGUCCUGAAUAAACAGGUGAAGGUUUAAUUGUUAAUGAAAAUCCUGAUAUGCUUUUGCCCCAGUGUACCUGCUUGUAGGUCUAGUUAAUAAUUAAAAUCAGUGCUGUAUGUGAACACCAACAGCAAAAACUACCCGUUGACUGUGUGCAAGAAAAUGCUACGUCAUUGUAAAUCUCGUACUGCAACUUUAUUUGGAAUUUAAUGAAUGUUGGCUCUUGUAUCUUUCUCUGUUGGAAAUUGUAACUCCUAAUUUUUUUUACAACCAACAUAGACCAUGUUCAGAUUUGUGUUUUUCCAUCUCACAUAAUAUUUUUCUUCUGUUAAUGAAGCAGCACUAAAGAAAAGGCAACAUGGAAGCAAUCAAGCAACCCAUUGGUGUGUAGUUUUUGCCUAUAUACAUAGUUCAUACACGUUGAUACUGCAUGUUUAUACAAAAUACUGUACAUAAGAGCAUGUUUUAAAGACGAAGCAAAAAUAUCUCGUGUACGUAAAUGGGUGUCAUUUGUCAUUUUAAUAACACAACGAAGGGGAAAAAAGAUGCACUGUAUAUUUUCUAAAUGAAACAAAUCUGUAUUUAUUUUCCAUGAGGGUCACUGGAGAGAAUGUCAUACAAAUAUUAGAGUACUAUUACUAAUAAGAACCUUUCCACGCCUGAAAUUCUUAAGCAAGUGUGUCGUCCAGUACUGUGUGUAAGUUCAUGUGGGAUGAAAAUGUAGUCGCAUGCUCGCUAUCUAAUUCCUUGUAGUCCAGAUUUUUAUUUGUUAUCAUUUAUCUGCCAUCCAUUUUGUUUCAGCACUUAUCUGAAGGCCAGUGUUUGUUAUUUCUGAAUUUUAAUGCUAUUGCUUUUUGGGGAAAAAAAUGGUUUUGAAUUUUUAAUGUUUGAGAUGGGCAGGGGGGUCUCCAAGUCUAUAAGAUGACUGUUUUCUAGUAACAGAUUUGGCACAGUGUUAUUCUGAAAUAACUCAUUAGAAGACGAUUGAAUAAUUCUGUGAUUUGUAGGUGGAUUGUAGGAGUUGUUUUUUGUGCCAGUACUGACCCAGAAUGAAGUCUGUUGGAUCAUAUCUUUGUAUAAAAGGCAUUUCCAGUGGCCAAAAGAUGAAUAAUCCCAUUCCAGUGAACAAAGACUUGGAAUCCCUUCUUCUUUCUUUAGUUACCUGGAAGUUUUUAUUUUUCACUUCUAUUUAAAUAACCUGAAACCCUUCACAACCGUGUCUCUUUUACUGUGUUUAUUAUACAAUAGGUGUAUGUGUAUACAAGAUAAAUGAAUAAGAUAAAACUAAAGCCAUAAAACUCAAGCACUAACUCUUCAGAGCUCAGCUGAGUAGCUAGAGUUUAUUUAUGAAGAAAAAAACAUCAGACAUGUCUUCUUUUUCCUUGGCCAGUGUUUCUCUUUUACAUUCCGUUCAGAGGUCUUUGUUCAUCAAGAGGGCAAAAUACAUUUUAUUGUAUAUGUGAGCAUUGAGAACAGUUGUGAGUUUAGUCGAGUGAAUGUGUCUUUUUCUACUUUCAGAGCCGUUGCUGUCCUUGUUUCAUAGAGGUAGCUGAUUUUACAGUAUUGUGAUUAGUAAUGUAUAUGCCUUGUUUUGAUAGUAUAAAUAGAUAUAAUAUCACAAUAGGUUCUCAGUAAUACUACUAAAAUGAUAUAUAUAUGAGAGUGUGUUCUAUUCUUGGGCUGAGUGCAAUUUACGAACCAAACCGGGUCACUCUUUGAGUUUCUCUUCUUCCAGUUUAGCAGCAGAAUGUACUAGUGACUACAUGUACAAUCAAUAACCCACUGCUGGUGACCUAGAGCUCACGCUGAUGGUUUUUCUUGGUUCUUUUAGAAUAUUCAAGCAACAAAACAAUAUAGUUAGAGAUCCAGCCAUAUUAAAGGAAAAAAGAGAAAAGCUUAAUACAGUGGUGAGUUUUUGGCCUGAAUCCCUCCCAUAGAACUAUGCAUAGAGUUAUGAAGCUGGAGCCAGGAGACAGUUAGCAUAGCUUAACAUAAAGACUGGAAACAGUGGGAAACAGCUAGCCUGGCUCUUUCCAAAGGUAAAAAAUUCCACCUACCUGCACCUCUAAAGCUCAAACCAGUUUGUGUACAGAUUGAAUAAAUGUGAAAUAAUAUGUUAAUGAGUGAGCUUUAGAGGUUUUUUUGCCAGACUAGCUAUGUCCUCCUGUUUCCAGUCUUAGUGCUAAACUAAGCUAACUGUCUACUGGCUCCAGCUUCAUACUUAGAAGGACAGAGAAGAGUGGUGUCAAUCUUCUCAUCUAACUCUUGGCAAGAAGGCGAAUAUUUCCCUAACUCCCCAAAUGUUGAACUAUUCCCUUAAGUUUACCUCAGUCGCUGAAUUUUCUCUGAAGUAAAUGUUAAACUGCCAUCUAUCUAUCCUGGCAACAAACUUCAGUGUGUCGUGUGACACCGCACGUUGUCUAAUGCAAUAGUAUGUUUAUUCAUUGUCCCAUUAAUGCUACCGACUGUGACCAAAUGAUGCACUGAGAAUAAUUUCAAAUACAAGGUUUCUGUGCAUUUCAAAAAUACUGCCAGUACCUGAUCACAGUUGCCUGCAUUCGUCAACACUGUUUGAAUCUACAAAGCCAAAAUGACAAUUCACACAGAGGCAGACAGAACACAUCAGAUGAUGAGGCAAAUGUGAUUACAGGUACAUUUAUAGCACACUUAAGAGAUUUAUUUAUUUAAUACCUUUUACUGCUUGGGCCAACACAGUCACAUGACCACCGGACAUUUAAGUUCUAUGGGGGACAGAGACUGGGAGCUGUGUGUGCUUGUGUAUGUGGGAUAUAUAGAUGAAGUGUAGGCCCUUUAGCAUACAUGCUGCAAAAACACAGCACUAGACUAGAAAAUAUAAAUACAAUAUACAGUACAGGUCUGCAUGCGUGGGACACAUUACUCAUUCUUAAAUGUACAUCUUUGUGUGUAUGACCGUAAUACUCAAACAAUCUUAGUUCUAUUUUAAAUAUGGGGGUUAUUCUGUUCUGUUGAUAGCUGUGUAGAUGUACAAUACCUUAUGCACAACUGCAUCUGAAACUAAGUGCUGUUUCAGCUGUGCAGAGACAGUUUUAGAGCACCGUUCACACCUACCGGUAGUUGUGUUUUGUUCUUUUGUUCUUUUUUUUUUUUUUUUGGAACAAACGCUGGGAUUUAAAAAGGGAAACCAUCCAAAGUUCAAUAGAUCAUUUACCACCUUGUCAAAAUGCGUUGAGAACCCUCUCAACGGGUAAAGACACCACUUUGAAACAUGUUGUCUUGUCUCCUCUAUUACACGUUGUAUUUCUUCUUUGUAUUCUUGUGCAUAUGUGUAUCACUCCUUCUGUCUUUUUUGUUUUUGUGAUGUAUACUUCUAAUGUAUAAUGUAGGACUGUAUUUGAUGCCAGAAUCAUGUUUGCGUUUUUGUUUGUGUCUUUGUCCUGUUUAUGUGUAACCAGCUAUGUACCAUCAGUAUCAUUAUGCUGAGGAAGCAGGCUCAUUGAUUUCUUCACUGAAUCUGCUUUUGCAGAGCGAAAAGAAUGCCGGCCUUCAUGUUUACAACAUGGACAUACUGUAUACUGCCAAACAUGCAGGACCGUACCAAACUCCCCUCUUGAGCGCUUAGUCCUCCACCUCUCAUCCCUGAUGCAACUGUAUACUCAAGACUCUAUUCUUCUUCUUUUUUCACCUCUUUCUCUUCUUCAUCAUCUUUUAAAGCGUUGGAGGACGGUCAGGAUGUGUCCUCUAGCUGUGUUUCUUCGUGUCUAGUGUCGUGGUGCGCGUGUUCAUGUCAGUACUUGUGCCUACUGUGGAUCGCAUGCUUUAGCCCUUGACUGGACACAAACGUUGCUCACAAACUCCUCUUGACCCUUGUGUGGACAAACGUUGGGGAUCCUUAUAAAGUUAUCAAGGGAACCAAAUAACUUAUUACAAAUUUAUCAUAUGUGUUACCAGUUCUGUAAAAAAACUAAUAGGAAAUAAAGGCCUUUUAAUUACCAUGA